CCUUCCCCUGAAGAUCAGAGACAUAGACACAGGUUCCGCGCCUCAGGAGCCCUUGGCGACUUCUGUCCGUCAGCGGCGGUAGUGGCGGGGGCGGCAGGGACGGUGGGGACGGCGUCAGGCCUUCCACGCGGCAGUGAUGCUGAGCUCCCGGGCCCAGGCGGUGAUGAGCUCCGCCGACAGGGCCAUCCAGCGCUUCCUGCGGACCGGGGCAGCCGUCAGAUAUAAAGUCAUGAAGAACUGGGGUGUCAUAGGCGGACUCGCCGCCGCUCUUGCAGCAGGAAUAUAUGUUAUUUGGGGUCCCAUCACAGAAAGAAAGAAGCGUAGAAAAGGGCUCGUGCCUGGCCUGGUGAACCUGGGCAACACCUGCUUCAUGAACUCGCUGCUGCAAGGCUUGUCUGCCUGCCCUGCUUUCAUCAGGUGGCUGGAGGAGUUCACCACCCAGUACACCAGGGACCAGAAGGAGCCCCCCAUGCACCAGUAUUUGUCCUUAACGCUGCUGCAGCUCCUGAAAGCUUUAUCCUGCCAAGAAGUUACUGAUGAUGAGGUCUUGGAUGCAAGCUGCUUGUUGGAUGUCUUAAGAAUGUACAGAUGGCAGAUCUCUUCGUUUGAAGAACAGGAUGCUCACGAGUUAUUCCACGUCCUCACCUCGUCGUUGGAGGAUGAGCGGGACCGCCAGCCCCGGGUCGCACACUUGUUUGACGUGCGCUCCCUGGAGCAGCAGCCGGAGAUAACUCCCCAGCACAUAACCUGCCGCACGAGAGGGGCGCCCCACCCCACGUCUGGCCACUGGAAACCUCAGCACCCCUUCCACGGAAGACUCACUAGUAACAUGGUCUGCAAACACUGUGAGCACCAGAGUCCUGUUCGAUUUGAUACCUUUGAUAGCCUUUCACUAAGUAUUCCAGCGGCCACAUGGGGCCACCCACUGACGCUGGACCACUGCCUUCACCACUUCGUCUCAUCAGAGUCAGUGCGGGAUGUUGUCUGUGACAACUGCACGAAGAAUGAAGCCAAAGGCACGUUGAAUGGGGAAAAGGUGGAACACCAGAGGACCACUUUUGUCAAGCAGUUAAAACUAGGGAAGCUCCCCCAGUGCUUGUGCAUCCACCUGCAGCGGCUGAGCUGGUCCAGCCACGGCACGCCCCUCAAGCGGCACGAGCACGUGCAGUUCAAUGAAUUCCUGAUGAUGGACAUCUACAAGUACCACCUCCUUGGACAUAAGCCUGGUCCGCAGAGCCCUAAACUGAACGAGAAGGCAGGGCCUGCGUUGGAAUUGCAGGAUGGGCCGGCAGCCCCCAAAUCAGUCAUCGCCUUGACGCAGAAAAUGUGGGGAGGAAAUGUCCAAGCUAGGGAUCACAGGACAUCUUACUGGGUUCUGAAUCACCCAGGGGGCCCCAAACCCCAGAUUUUUAUGAACGGUGCCUGUUCCUCGACCGCGUUGCCUACCCUGCCAGCCCCAGUGCCCUUGCCCCUCCCCGUUGUUCCGGACUACAGCUCCUCCACGUACCUCUUCCGGCUGAUGGCAGUUGUCGUCCACCAUGGAGACAUGCAUUCUGGACACUUUGUGACCUACCGACGGUCCCCGCCUUCGGCGAAGAACCCCCUCUCAACCAGCAACCAGUGGCUGUGGGUGUCGGACGACACGGUCCGCCGGGCCAGCCUGCAGGAGGUCCUGUCCUCCAGCGCCUACCUGCUGUUCUACGAGCGGGUUCUUCCCAAGGUGCAGCCCCGGAGUCGGGAGUACACGUCUGAGGAAUGACCGUGCCCCACCCCCAGAGCUAGACCUCAUGGCGCUGUCCACUGUCCAGGAGAAAGACUCAGACCGCGUGUGUGCGCAUGUGCAGGCAGCCCGCUAGAGUCCUUCAGCCUUCUGGUGUGUGUCCCAAGAGCAGGCUCCUCCAGGGGGCUGGCGGCCCCGACGCAAACCGAAUCAGGCCCCUGCACAGCUGUGCUGGUAUGCACUGGACAGUGUCGCUGUCGUGUUAGGGCAGCACGCGUUCCGUCUAGAGCAUCGUUCCGCUCACGUGAUGCAGGUCGUUAGAAGACAGCAGACUCCGGAAGCACCUCUGAUAUUCUUACAGGAAGGCGUUCUCGGAGGGGCCCCCUGGGUCAAAGCCUCCGAUGUUUCUGCGCAGACCUUUGGUUUGUAAUGAGCAGGCCCACGUAAAAAUUGUUGGCAAGAAUUAGUGAAGGUAUCCAAGGCAACAAUUUAGAAGAAAAAGUGCCUUUCACUUUUGACCACUUUUGUAGCGUGUCCGUUAUGGAAAACAGACAUUCUCUAAAAGUCAUAGGAACAGUUUUUGAAAAGCCCUCUUCUAACUUUCUCAAGGGAUAGCAGAAGAACAGUUAACAGAUGCCUAGAGAACACCCGCCUUCCUUUUUGUAUGUCUUUUUCUAACCUUUUGAUCCUUUGUGUAUAUACAUACAGUAAAAGCUCACCUGCCAAAUCUGCCCCUCGGGGGAACUCUGUCACUAUUUCCUCCUCAGUUCCAAGUGAACUGCUCACUUGCUGCUCUUACCUUUUGUACGCGGGACUCAGAGUUGCGCUGAUAGUGUAAAUCCCUGUGCACAGCCAGAACUGUACACCUGCGCUUCCUCUGCUCCGCAGAAGCCCUUUCUUACUAACAGCCACUCUGGAUGGUUCUCCUCGUCUCUUUGUUCACUGCUCAUGCAGAGCUCUUAAGAUGUACAGGUGGGGCCGGGGCCGCGUAAGAAGGCAGCCCUGCCUUGGUUCGAGAACUUGACUCAGAAGGAAGGGCGCAACCACAGGGCCACAGCCCCACUGGGCCUCCACUUCCUUGUUUGUGACGGGAAGGGUGAGACUCGAUGGCCGUCGAAGGCCAGGCUUCUCCACAAAAAGAAGUUUAAUUUAUUUGUUACACAUACACCUGUACCCGACACCUAGGACUGUUGCUUUGGUAUAGGCCCACACUCGUCCCCAGGAGCCUCUAACGCAGAAAGACUACGGUGAGCGCUCUCUUCCCUCUUCAGGUAAGUCUCAUGCCUGCAGCCCAGCGCAGGAGGCAUUUCGGUGACACAGGAGUUAUCUAUGUUUUAGCUAGAUUUUUGUAUUUAAAAAAAAAAGAUACCAAAUUUGUAUGGAUUCUUCCAAGAUAAGAUUUGGAAUCAGACCUAUCCAAAAUGCCUCCCCUGGUGGGGGUGAGCUGGCGGACACUUGUGGAUGAUGCCUCGGUGUGGGCUGAAAGCACAAGAGGCCCAGGCGGCUGCCAUCCCGCCAGGCCCGGCAGGCAUCCCGAGAACACGCACACUGGAGAGCCCGUGUGAGGGUUCUGCAGGCCGCGACCACCUGGGGGCAAGGAGCAGCUUGAAGCAUCUGACCCGCUCAUUGCCGCUCCCUCCCCAAUUCUGGCGAAGACCCAGGCUUUGAUCUCCAAACGAGCAUCCCUGGUUUACCUGAGUCUGGUGGACAGACACCCAAUUGUGUGACCUUAAACUGCACCUCAAGGUUGUAGCUUUGAGUACCUGCUGCUGUACUGCUUUGAGAUCUGCCAUUAAAGGGAGAGACCGGGUGUAGAAGGGGUGGAUCCUUGGAACGUGCUGGAAGCAGACUGCUGGCAGAGGCUGGGCUGUGAAAGUGAACAAUACGUGUGCAGUCUCUUAACCUGGCUUGAAGCUGACUCCCUGCUUUUGUAAAUGAUUAGGCACUGAGUAGCAGCCAGAUAAUCUUAUUUCUAGUUUUAAGUUAUUUACAAAAUAGCUUCUUUUUGCAAAGUCAUAGUUUAAAGUAGUAGCUUAUGACAUAAAAACUGCUGAUUUAUGUCACUUGCAAAAGGCACCUUUUGUAUCUGCUGUGUAUUAUAGCAAUAAAAGCAUCAUUUUGCUAGGAAAAAAGUCAACUGGUAUGCUUUCAUCAUUUACUGAUUUGAUAGGAACUUCCUCUUUCCGAAUUUUCCAUUGUUAUGUAAUGU